AUGCUAUACUUCAUCCAGAAAUUUUCUCAAGCAUCUUCAAAGAUGCUGAAGUACCCUUUUACAGUGGGCUUAGGAGCCAGCAGAAAAAUCGAUCAACUAUCUCUUAAGACAUCGUUUCAGCAGAACUUUCCCCCUUUGUUUUCAAGGCCGUGGUUCUUGUCAUCAUUUCCAAUGUGUAUGAGUAAAACACAGUGCUAUCAUACAUCCCCAUGCUGUUUUAAGAAGAAGGAGAAGCAAGCAGAACUUACAGCCAGGUCACCAAGCAUCAUCACCUACCUGCCUGACAGUCCAAAGCCAGCUCUAUACUUGACUCUAGCAGGACUGGUCCCUUUUGUUGCUGCACCACUGUUCAUGGUGAUGACAAAGACUUACAUCCCCAUAUGCUUUUACUCAGAUGGCUUAUGGAGCCAGUUUUCUGUCUUUCCUAGGGGGUGUCAGGUGGGGCUUUGCUCUACCAGAAAGUAG